UGCAGUAGUGGAGAAAAAAAUACACAUACAAAAAUUUCGUUCUUUGUUCUUUGUUUCGUCAUCGUGUGUUGAAUUAUUGAGGUUUACAAGCAUAGAUUAAUAUUAUAACAAUUAUGUUAAUCUAUGUUUACAAGUGAACAUUUUUAACAGCGGGAAGAAGUGAAAAAGAAAAGCAAAUAUAAAAUAAAAAAAAAAACUUGUUUCUCGGGGAAAAAUAAGUCAUUUGCACAAGUGUCUUAAUUUACAUAUAUUAAAAACAGAGCCAACUAUUUAAGAGCAAAUGAAGAAAUAUAAAGACAAAAUUGACCUCCAUUGUGCGUGAAACGUCGUUAGCUAUUCUGUUAAAAUAAAAGUGGUGACAAGUGUGAAGUGUUAUAUUGUGAUAUUAUUUUCGGCAAUAUAUAUAUAUAAAUAUUUGAAAUAUAAAACAACACAAUUAUGGUAUAAUGUUUACGCAAAAACAUUGCUAGCCUAAAGUCUCACUCCAAGCCGAGUAAACAAUUACAUAAAACUGGUUUAAGUGUUGCAGAAGAUUGCGAUUUCAUUACGUCGUGCUGCUAUUAAAAAGCAAAUCUAAGCGACUAAUUUGUGUGUCGUGUGCGACGAGCGUGUUAUGUAUUGGGUCUUCGUUCUGUUUUUGCGUAUAAUCGAAUCGUCUGUUUCAUUGGAACCAUUAUUAAUACGGUAAUCGCGUUUUAAGGUAAACGAAGGGAAAGCGCACCUGCAGCAUUUGCGGAGUGUGAUUUGCAAUCAAGCGAGAAAACUAGUUUUGUAUUCUGCGCGGUGGUAGAGGGGUGUUCCUCGUUGACGUGUGUGUUUUACAAAGAGACUCAAAAUUGAUAGAAAUAACAAAAAGGCUGCUGCAACUGGUGCCUCACCUGAGGACCAGCCGCCGCGCAAAAAGGUACGACGCUCAGCAGCAGGAAACUCGACAUCACCUUUGACGGAGUCAAACUAUAUUAGCGAUAAUUUGAGUCGGAGCUCUUUUGACACAGAAACGGCGUCAACAUCAAGAGCAGCAGCAGCAGCAGCAGCGCAACAGGAGAAACCAAUUAAUCACAGUAACGUUGAAAAACACACAAAAAGCGAAUUGAUCAAAACUGAAUCUAAUUCAACCAAAAUAAAUAGCGGGAACACGGACGAAACUAAUCAAGCAAUCGUAUCGGCAUUAAUUGAAGGUGAUAUUAAACACGAUUUAAAAACACAGGAAUCAAAUAUGCAAAACUCGGCAAUAAAUCCCUCACAAUCAUCCGGCAGCCCAUCGGCCAGCCCAGCGGUUUCAGAACCUGGGCUUAUACCAAAUUCCAGUGGAUCAGCUGUUAAUAAUAGUAAUCACAGUGAUUCCAGCGGUAGCGCCGCCGUAGGCGUAAAUAAUGUAUCCACUAAUGGACACACAUCAAAACACAAUGGAGUCACCGCCAACGAUAACAACAGUAAUUCAGUUGGAACAAGUGCUUGCGAUGAUCAAAAUGAUCAUGAUGUUACGAAAACCAUUUCUUGGCUUGGUAAAACCAAUCAAGAGAUAAUACGACUUAUUGGUCAGUACUUGCAGGAUUUAGGCUUGGAAAGUUCAGUCAAAACCUUAAUGUCUGAAUCUGGCUGUUAUUUAGAACACCCGUCCGCCACCAAAUUUCGUGAACACGUACUUUCGGGGGAAUGGGCUAAAGCAGACGCUGAUUUGCAGGAGUUGGAACCUUUAAUAAAUAAUGGAAAGCCUUCAACAAUAACUGAAAUGAAAUUCCUUUUAUUAGAACAGAAGUAUUUAGAACAUCUAGAUGAUGGAUGUCCGCUGGAUGCGUUACACGUAUUGCGUAAUGAACUUACUCCACUUCAGUACAAUAUUUCACGUGUUCAUCAGUUGUCCUCCUACAUGAUGUGUUCAAAUAACCAUGAUUUAUACCAGCGUUCUAAGUGGGAGGGUAAAGGAAUUCUAUCUAGAGCUCUUGUCAUGGAGAGACUGCAGACGUUCUUACCACCGUCAGUAAUGAUGCCACCGCGCCGCCUGCGCAUGCUAUUGCAACAAGCAGUUGAAUUACAAGCAGAACGAUGCCCCUGCCAUGACAUGGCAUGGGAGACUAAUUUACAAAACGUGUCUUUAUUGACUGAUCAUUGUUGUGCUACCGAUGGAUUUCCUAUGCAGACUAUCCAAAUUCUUACUGAUCACUGUGAUGAAGUAUGGUUUUGUAAGUUUUCGCCUGACGGUCUUAAAUUGGCUACAGGAAGCAAGGAUGCCACAGUAAUAAUUUGGGAUGUGGACCCCUAUAAGUUACAAAUAAAGCAACGUAGAGUGCUUGACAGUCGCUUUCAAAUGAGUGUAGCUUUUAUCAGUUGGAGUCCAGAUUCAAAAUUAGUACUAAUAGGCGGACCAGAGGACUCUUCGGAAAUAUGCAUUUUCAAUGUUGACGACGGUCGUCUUAUUCUGAAGAUGAGCCAUAAUAUUCAGGAGGACAGCUUUUCGUGCGGUGCCUUUAAUCGUGACGGAACUCGUUUUGUUUGCGGUGGUCAAAAAGGUCAAUUUUACUUGUGCGAUCUGAAGGCUACCAUUUUGGACUCAUGGGAGGGUGUACGCAUAAAUAGUGUUGUAUUUAGAUCAGAUAACAAGACUAUAUUAGCUGCCGACAGUCACUACCGUAUAAGAGGGUAUAAUUUUGAUAAUCCUCGAAGCGAUUUUGAUGUACUCAGGGAGACUCAUCCCAUUAUGACGUUCUCUGUGAAUUCAGCCGAUCGAUUGGCCCUAUUAAACAUAUCCAAUCAAGGGCUACAUUUAUGGGAUAUCGAGGACAAAUGUUUGGUGCGUAGAUUUCAAGGGAUACGUCAAAGUAAUUUUGCCAUACAUUCUUGUUUUGGAGGUGUCAAUGAAAGCUUCGUAGCGAGCGGCAGUGAAGACAAAAAUGUUGUUAUUUGGCAUAUUAAACGCGAAGAACCGCUAGCCAAAUUAUCGGGUCAUACUAAAACAGUUAAUUGCGUUUCCUGGAAUCCCGCUUAUCCGUCUUUAUUGGCUUCGGCAAGCGACGACGCAACUGUACGCAUAUGGGGACCCAACUCAUUUCAUCAUGCCAAUGCAAUUCCCGAGAGCGAUGAUUGCUCAUCCUGCUCAUCGUCAUCAUCUUGGAAUAUGACUUCGUAAGGUCAACUUUUUCAAGACACAAUUGCAUUGAACGAUGUCAAAACUGCGUCACUUUUACACAUUUGAUGUUUACUUUUUAUUUCUACCUUUAACAUAUUUAUGUUCUAGGCAAUUGAUUGAAAAGAAUUUACAGGAAAAAAAAUUAAAACAAAAAUUUCAAGUCCUCACUGAUUUUGUUAAAAUUUACAAAAUGCAGGCAGGUUAAAGAAAUCGAAUGUAUUCAUAUAUACAUAACUCAUAUAGAUUGAUUGAUGAGCGAGGAAAGGCUGUUAAAAACACUAAUAGAUGAACGAAUCGUUCGUUCGUUCGUUCGUUCGUUCGUUUGUUAAUUUCGCAAAAAACAUUCAAUAUAUGUACACAGGUCUUCUUAAAAUUGCUCUUCUCUCCCUCAUAUUAAAAUUGCUUUAAAACCUCGAUGAAAAUCUUCAUUGUACAAAACAUUAAACAUUAAAUGUUUAUGCUUGCACACCUAUAUUUGUGAAACAGAGGAAAUUUGCUAUAUAUAUAUAUAUGCAUAAAUCUGCCAGAUGAA